GUUAAAGUUGAUAACUUUUACGUGAAGGGUAUAUAUACAUGGUUACGGGCGAUGUGUACAGUAGCUUUACAUUCUCAUGUUAAGCCGCUUGGGGGUCCAGGGCGCCGUGUCGAAGUUGGUGUGAUAUCAUUGGGGACGACAUCUCAAGAUGGGCAACAGAGACAGGUUAAAGUUGAAGUGCUUGGUUUGCUUGAAUCAGAAGCACGGUUAAUUCGGUUACGAGCCGUCGAACCUUUAGCUGACGGUGAUCGGAAUUACAAAAAGCGUUUUGCAAAAAUAUUAGAACCUCUCGUUAAGUGGGUACAUCCGCAAAGUAUUAUUGUAACCGAUCUGACUGUAGAUAAAGGGACAUUAAAUUCUAUCGGAUUUGCUAACGUUCUCCAAUCCACUUCGAGUGAUGCAUCCCAAAAUAAUCAUACGAUAAUGGAUUAUUUACGAAGAAUUGUACCAAGAAUGUUCCAAAAUACGUUGUCGUUACUAUCUCGGCAGAUUAUUCAACAGUUUUUGGAUGAAUUGGUCUGGAGAGAGUGGUAUGGGACCACAGCCGCAGCAUGUUUCGACAAUCUUCUCCUGCAUUUGUCGGAACAAACCAGAGCCGAUACCGCAGAUUCCCUGCCCGUUCGUUUAAACAAAGUGUCGAAUAAUCCAUUUAGGAAUUGGAGUAUUAUGACAAAGGAGACGCCCCCACCUGCUGUCACUAUCAAACCAGCACCAACUCCGGUUGUUGAAACAAACACGCCCUCUGGUGGUGCCAAACGAACUUCUGGCAGACAGAGGAAAAUCAUUAAUUUCAAAUCGGAUUCUCCCUCACCCACUUUAGAAAUGCAACCCAAGCCCCCAAGAACAAUUUCACCCGAUGUACCUGAGCAGAUGGUGCACUUAGAAAAUUACUAUUACGGAACCAUUCAAGGCACCCAACAAAAUUCAACACCAAAGUUGGGGUAUAACUUAAAGUGUACAAUGUGUAAAAGUCAUUUUAGUAACAAUAUACGGCUAAUGAACCACUUGUUUUCGCACGCCCACAGUGUAACUGGAGGUAUACAACAGUGUAGAUAUUGUUUAUCUAGUGUAGGAUCACCUGAAGGUCUUGCGAAACACAUUGUAUCAUCACAUCCUUCGGAAACGCGCUUUCAAGAGGCGUACAUUUGUAUCAUCUGCGAAACACGUUUUGCUAACUCAUUCUCAUUGGGCAAGCAUCUGUCAAAGGAGCAUGUACCUGCCGAAUUACCCUAUCAGUGCGGCACAUGCAGCUACAGAUGUUCCUCACAUCGCCAAGUCAUUGAUCACUUUUACAGCGAGCAUGACAAUGGUUCAACAAUUCAGUGCCCGUUCUGUUUGAAGUCAACGAGUAUAUGUACAGCGGGCAGAGUUCUGCCACAGAAUCUUAACUAUUUCAUGCAACAUCUACAAAAACAUCAGAAAAAGACUAUGGCGAAAAAAUGUCCUAAAUGUGCCCUAUGGUUUAUACACAAAGAUACUCUCAAAGAUCACCAGAUCACCAUGCAUUCGUCACAGCGUAGCAAGUCCGGUCUGAUAUCGUGGACGCCUCCGAAGAAUGGCCUUAUGGUUCCUAAAUCAAAACAAGACAAGCAGGUGUGGGAGGACACGGAAAGGGAGAUUAAUUUCUCUAAUUUAACCAUUGUUAGUGCCCCUAGUUAUUUAGUUUGUAAAGAAUGUAAAUUCCCGAUUAACGCUUCUCAACACUUCCAGUCGUUAGAUGGUUGCCCCAGCAGAAAUUGUCAAUACUCAACGUCGUGUAAGGCAGCCAUGGAAACGCAUAUGGGCAUGUGCGAGAAACUCAACGCAUCAUUGCCCAUAUCUGUAUUGCCACAUGAAAUGUUCUGCGUGUGCGGUUAUAGUGAUGAUGACGGAAAUAUGUUGGCCAGUCAUUUAGCCAAAUGUGAACGGAAGUCUGCCUAUCCAUCGGCAGAGGAUGCGAAAAAGGCAAUUAAAACGCACAGUAUGCUCGACGUGCUUGGAUUAGUCAGGCGUCCUGAAGAACCUUCAAAUACUACGCCACAGGCUGGCGAUGCUGUAGAUGAGAAACUAGAUGAAGUACUAGAAGUGAAAAAAUCACAGACGAAGAAGACGAAACGACCUAGUAGUAAGGAAAAGAGUCUGGAUAGGAAGGAAUUGAAGCCAAGUAAAAAGUUUAAAAAGGAAAUUGGUACAUCGGACGACGUUGUCGAAAUAAACGACGAAGAGGAAAAGGAAAAUAAGGAUGUUAAACAAGAUGAAGCUGAGAACGUAACUAAAAGUUUAAAUGACGAGGAUAGUAGGAUACCUGACAAAGAAGCAGAAAGUUCUGUGGAUGAUAACAUUCCCGUUGCUAAUGACAAAGAUUUUAGUAAAGAGAAUGGAAAUGACACAGAAGAGACCAGCAAUGAAAUUGCUACUGACAAUGUUGAAACUACGAACAAUUGUAAUGAAGAAACAAACGAGACUGAUCAACAAAAUAACGAUGAAACUGCCAUAACAGAAGAAUCGACGGUGAUUAGUGGGUCAGACAGUAUGGUAAUGGAAGUAGAUAAAUGUAACGAAAGUGAAAGUAAUACAAAAGUGGAUGAACAGACUGACGAAAGUAUGGAAGUUGUUUAAAUAAGUGAUUUAUUAGGUAAUUUACCUACAUUUCAUGAAUUAAGAAACUGAGUAGUGUUCAAAAUAUUACAUUUUCGGUAAUACUGUAUAUAUGUAGCUUAGUUUUUUGGCUUUGUGUUGUUACUGACGAAGGACAAUGCAUUGAAUCUGCAAAUUUAAUGUUAAUUAUUCCAUUUAAUGUUUUCUUUCUGUUUACACUAUCAAUUUAGGGUAACACUCAUUUGCAUUGUAUGAUUUUUUAAAAAAUGUAUAUAAGACAAAAGAUUCGUUUAAUACAAACAUAAAUUCAU